AUGGCAAACCGAUCCGCUGCUGCUCCUCGUGCCGGUGCUGCUAAUAAGACCUGCCAGUUCAAACUCGUCCUACUUGGCGAGAGUGCAGUUGGUCAGCCAGAAGCUGAGACAAUUGUGUUUUGGUCAAUUGAGAGAUAUUGUCUUAUGGAGUGUCGUGACAAAGAGGCAUGGUUGUUUUUAGAUUACGGAACCAGAGCAGGAGAAAGGCGCAUCCCUCCAUGUGAAAUUACGAGUGAUUUUUUUACUAUCGUUUUGCUUGUUUCAGGAAAAUCUUCGCUCGUCUUACGUUUUGUCAAAGGUCAAUUUCACGAAUACCAAGAGUCAACGAUUGGUGCUGCUUUUUUAACGCAAACAGUUUGCUUGGAUGAUGCUACUGUGAAGUUCGAGAUUUGGGAUACUGCCGGUCAGGAACGAUACCACUCUCUCGCACCGAUGUACUAUAGGGGAGCACAAGCCGCUAUAGUUGUGUACGACAUUACAAAUCAGGCAAGUUUCUUUUACUAUUAUAACCGUUGCGAAUCUUUUCAAAAGGCCAAGAAUUGGGUGAAGGAGCUCCAGAGGCAAGCAUCUCCUAAUAUCGUGAUGGCUUUAGCGGGUAACAAGGCUGACAUGGCCAAUAGGAGAACCGUCGAAUACGAGGAAGCUCAAGCUUAUGCAGAAGAUAAUGCACUGCUUUUCAUGGAAACUUCGGCAAAGACAUCAAUGAAUGUGAACGACAUCUUCAUGGCAAUCGCGAAAAAACUGCCUAUUGGUCCACCUAGUGGUGAACCAAGUGGUACAGUGGACAUGAACCAGCCGCAACAGGCACAGAAGGGUAAUUGUUGCAAGUAA